AUGUAAUAUCAUUACCCUUAAGCUCAAUAUUAUCCUUAGCAAAAUUAUGUAUCCCCUAUGUAAAUGGAUGCUGGCUUUAAUUCUGGCUUAGAUGCAUUAUCAAGAUGCCCAAGUGUCUUUAUAAAAUAACGUCCUGAUUAUUUAGAGACAUUAGGGGUUUGUGAAAAAAAAAAUGCCUAUUUCGUUUAUCAAUCUGACUCGAUGGGAAAUAAACCAGAUUUCAAGCAAUAGGCUCCAAUUUUUAAAUGCAAGGAGGAGAGCAGCUGUUGGCAAAGGAAUUGCCUUCCUGGAGCAUGUAGAGCAUUUGAUUUGAAAGUUAAAUAAUAUAAUGAACGAUAAGAUACUAACACAGUAUUUAGGAUGAGUAGAGAAUUCAGAUGUACCUGUCUUUGUUUUGAGAGACCUGAGAUGGAAGUUCAAUUGUCGAAUGGAGUAAAGAUAGGAACUAUUAAUUAUCCAUUUAUGUUUUGUGAUAAAGGUGUGGAUAUUUUGGAUGAGAACAAUCAAAUAGUCUAUACUAUAAGAGGAAGCUGUUGUUAAUGGCCAUUUUUAGUCAAUCUGCCUUGUGAAACAUGUUAAAGGGCUAGAUUUGAUAUUAUGGAUUCUUAAGGAUAAAAAAUAUCUGAAUUGUGGAAAGAAUCUGCAGGAUUUUGUAAUGCAUUAUGCGAUGUUGAUGCUACUAAUUUUAGACUUUUAUUUCCGAUGCAAGCGUCUAGUAGAUAAAAAGCUUUGUUGUUAGCUGCUGCUUUAUUUAUUGAUUUUAAUUAUUUCGAAGAGUCCCCUUAGGAUAAAUAAAAUAAUUAAUUUUGA